AUGCAACGCUCUCUAUCGGAGCUCGUACGUCGUUCAGCUUUAUCGCUACCGGCGUUGGUGGAGCUGGUUCGGGGACAAAAGGAGCGGGACUAUCGCCCGAACAAGAAUCUGGUCCCAGCGGUUCUUGGCGGCCUAUGCAGAGAAUACAAGCACUUGGCGCAGGUGCUGAAGAUUGCUCGAGAAGGCGUCGAAGUUCAGCUUAAAGAAGCGCUGCCUCGGCAGUCUGUUCACCCAGUGAAUUAUGGCUCUGCUCCGGAAAGGAUCAACAUCCUGCGCAAGAAUAUCAGGAAAGAACAAGAUGCUUGGAGGUGCCUGGUCCUCGACAUGGAUCAUCUGAAGCAUUGGCCAGAGAUAAUCAUUAGCCCCUUCGGCGUCGUAGACAAGGGCAGCGAGGACACUAAGGUCUCCGGCCGUACAAUCCACGAUCUGUCAUACCCUGAAGGAACAUCGAUCAACGAUUGCACUGAUCAAGACAGCAUUACCAAGCCUGAUUAUGUCCAUUGCGACGCAGUAGCCCGGGAGAGUUUGAAAACGAAGCUAACAUUCCCCGGUGUAUCGGUAUACGUGAUGGUGGGCGACGUGGUUACGGCCUUCCGCAACAUUAGCAUUCAAAGCAACAGCGUUUACCUGUUUGCCGGGGUGAUCGAAGAGGAGAACGCACUGGUGAUCAAGCUGUCCGCGCCUUUCGGAUGGACAGGCUCUCCCGGAUUCUUGGAGAUAUUCGGCGGAGCGAUUUCCCACGUUCAUGACUGUCAUACGAGCGCAACUUUCCCGGACGGCUUCUUUAACUAUCACUGGGUGGAUGACCAUAUCAACGUAGCUCCGGACGUAGGAUGA